ACACAGUUACUCUGCUCUAUCAUGGCUGAUUCAGUUUUUGAUGAUUGCAACCGCGGUGGCUGGAGUACUUUUCCGUUCAUGAUAGCUACGUUAUUAGGCAUUUCAGUGACUUCUUAUGGAUGGGUACUGAACUUAAUCGUCUUCUUGAUCGAGGAAUACAACAUCAAGAACAUCGCUGCUGCUCAGAUUUCAAAUAUUGUCAAUGGAUGUCUCAGCAUGUUGCAUGUUGUUACAGCCAUUCUAGCUGAUUCUUUCUUUGGAAACAUUCCCGUCAUUUCCACCUCUGCUUUCAUUUCUCUGCUUGGUAUCGUUCUGUUGACUCUAAUCGCAUUUUUCAACAACUUGAGACCCCAGCUGUGUGAAACAGGUUCAUUCCUAUGUCAAUCGCCACCAAAACUCCAGUUUGGGAUUCUGUACUCAGCCUUAGCUCUAGUGACCAUUGGAAAUGCUGGGACACGGGUGGCUUUGGCAUCUGCAGGUGCAAACCAAUAUGAGAAACCUAAAGACAAAGGAAGCUUCUUCAACUGGUACUUCCUCAUGGUAAAUACAGGCGCGAUUAUUAGCGCGACAGCAAUUGUAUAUACACAGGAGAAUGCUAGCUGGGAACUCGGGUUUGGUCUCUGCGCAGCUGCUAAUUUGAUCAGUUUCAUUGUUUUCAUCUCCGGGAAGAGAUUUUACAAUCAUGAAAAAGUAAUGGGAAGUCCCUUCACAAGCCUUAUCCGCGUCUUAGUCGCUUCCAAAGAAGAAGAUUAUCACCGGGAAGUCGGAAAAGAUUCCAAGGCUUCUGUUGGAAUGCCCUCCAAGAGCUUCAGGUUCUUGAACCGUGCAGCAUUGAAGACUGAACAGGAUUUAAAUCAAGAAGACGGUUUGGGUUAUAACACCUGGAGGCUAUGUUCUGUUGAGGAAGUAGAAGAUUUUAAAUCUGUUCUUCCAGUUGUCCCUCUAUGGUUAGCCAUCCUAUUCGUCGGAACUUCCAUUGGUGUUCAAGCAAGUAUGACGGUCCUCCAAGCUCUGGUAACGGACCGAGAACUCGGCUCUAAAUUCUUAGUCCCGGCUGGAUCUCUGCCAGUCAUUGUACUCAUCUGCGUCUUUCUUGUGCUCAACAACUGGACUAUCUAUCCCAUGUACCAGAGGAUCACCCAUAAGAAGCUGUCACCGCUUCAACAAGUAGGUAUAGGUCAAGUUUUCAACAUCUUGAGCAUGGCAAUCUACGCCAUCGUUGAAGUAAAAAGGCUGAAAGCAGUUGAAAAUGAGCACCCCAUGUCAGUUUUAUGGUUAUUCCCUCCUCUCGUGAUAGUUGGAAUUGGCGAUGCCUUCCAUUAUAUGGGCAAUGUUGCAGUAUUCUAUGGAGAGUUCCCUGAGUCUCUGAGGAACACAUCAACCUCCGUAAUUUGGAAUCUCAUUCUACUUAAGUACAGCUCUAAUUGA